UGUGAGGUAUUUGACGAUGCAGAAGAAGGAAUCAGUGCAUCAGUGGUCAGAGAAGAAGAAGCUUCUGCUCCUGAAAAAGGAAAAUUAAACUUGGUGCUGUGUGGAAGAAAUACAAAGCUCAAGGCCUCCGUGUCCAAUAUGUUACAAGGGAAAACUUCAUCCACACAUCAGAGAGAGUCUAGUUUAGUUUGUGUAAAGACAGAGGUGAAGGUACAUGAACAUCUUAUCACUGUGGUGGAGCUUCCACCUCUCACUGAGCUCUCAGAAGAGGAAGUGAUGUGCCAGACUCUCCGCUGUGUGUCUCUCUGUGAUACUGGAGUUCAUAUUUUCCUCCUCAUUAUUCCUGUUGGUCCACUUACUGAAGAAGACAAAAUAGAACUGGAGAAGAUCCAGAAGAUAUUUUACUACAAAGAGCACUUCAUGGUGCUCUUCACUACAGAUCUCACUGUUGACCAAAGUGUGAGAAAUUUUGUGAUAACCACAGAAUCUCAAAAAGUUGUUAGUCUGUAUGGAGGUCAUUACAAUGUAAUGGGAUUGAAGAACCAUAGAAACUUUGAUCAGAUCUCUGACCUUUUGGAAUGUAUAGAGAGCAUUAAAACAGAACCCUACUCACUUCAGAUGUAUAUGAAGGCUCAAGAGCUCAGAGUGAGAUUUGAGCUAGAGGAAAAACUGAGUGAAAUGGAGAUCAAAAUCAAAGAGUUAGAGCAGAAGGUUCAACAAGAGGGUGAAGAUGCACCAUCAGAUUCAGGCUUUUUAAGAAUUGUCCUGAUUGGAAAGACUGGAAAUGGAAAAAGUGAAACAGGAAACACCAAAACAACAACACUUCAAAUACUGUCACCACUAAAUGAAUUAAAGGAAUUUCAAAAGGUUCAGGGUAGAUCAGUAGCUGUUGUUGAUACUCCAGGUCUCUUUGACACCACACUGUCAAAUGAAAAUGUGCUGUAAGAAAUUGUGAAAUGUGUUUCACUGUCAGCACCUGGACCACAUGUCUUUAUUAUUGUCUUGAGUGUGGGGAGAUUUACCAAUGAAGAGAAGAACACUGUGGAUUUGAUAAAAAGGAUUUUUGGUCCAAGUGCUGCACAGUUCAGCAUUGUUCUGUUCACUAGAGGAGAUGAACUGAAAAAUGAAACAAUAGAACAGUAUGUUGAGAAAAGUAAAAAUGCUGAUCUCAAGAAAUUGAUCAGGGACUGUGGAAACAGGUUUUUAGUUUUUAAUAACAGAGACAAAAAAGAUAACGCACAAGUUACUUGGCUUUUAAACAUGAUAGAAGAGGUGAACAAAUCUAAUAAGGGGCAAUAUUUCACAAAUGAUAUGUUUGAGGAAGCAGAGAUGUCCAUUAAAAAGAGAAUGGAGGAAAUACUGAAAGAAAAAGAAAGUGAAAUCCAGACAAAAUACGACAUGGAAAUGGAAACCAUGAUGGAGAGACUAGACAAAGAGAAAAGAAAAUCAGAUGAGGAAAAGAUAAAAAUGGUGAAUCAGUUCAGAGAAAAAGAGGAGACUCUCAGAAAAGAGUUUGAAGAGAAAGAAAAGGCAGAACAGAAGAGACGAGAGGAGGAGGACAAGAGACGAUCAGAUGAAGAAAAACAACAAAAAGCUGAGUAUCACCAAAAAAUUGAAGAGAUGCAGAAAGAGAUGGAAAAUCAGAGACUGAUGUAUGAAAAACAGCAAAGGGAAAAAGAAGAGCAGGAUAAAAAG